AUGUCUACCAGACCAGCCACUAACACUGCUAACAGACAACAAAGUCCAGUACAGCAAUUGACUGUACUUUUCACCACUCAACAAUUCUAUUGGUUCUUGGGCCAUGUGUUUGGUGUUUUAUUUUUCUUGGUCAGUACCAUCACUGGGUUUUUCAACCCCAAGUCUUCAUUAAGAUACUAUCAAUUUUCAUUAUUAUCAAUCAUUGUGACCUAUGUGAUUGUGAUCAAACAAGUAUAUUUUAAGGGACCUAAAAAGGUUUCAAUUAGCCCUAGAUUGUUACGUGACGAAAACGUCCAAUAUCUUGCCUUGGCUGCUGUGUUUUAUGUGACAAGUUUUAAAGUUGGUGUAAUUACAUCUAGUUUAUACUCCUAUGUUAUCUUUGCUAUAUUCCAUAUUAUAAACUACUUCCAAAACCACUUGUUGGGAAUUGCUUUGCCAUCAUUACAAGCACAGCAAAGAUUAAACACCUUACUUACCCAAUUCACCCUGAGAUUCAAUCAACCGGCAUUGUAUUUUGCUUCAAGUGCAGAAAUGGUAUUGUUGGUAACUUCAGCAUUCUCCUUGAUUCCUGCCUACUUGUACAAUUUGGUAUUUAAGUUUGAUAUUGUAUAUGCUGUUACCAGAACUGUUAUAUUUUUCGCAGUUGUUGUGUUUAACAAGUUUAGAUUUGAAAGCAAUCAAUACACCAAGGAUGUCGUUUCCCAAUAUGAUGCCAAGGUUAAUCAGGCUUUAGCUACUAAUGCUUCUGCAUUACAAACUUACCAAAGAAUUAAGACUGUGAUCUUACAAUAUUUGAACAAGAUUCAAUUACCAAAGGAACCAGCCAAGACCAAUUAG